UCCCCUGGUCUGUAUCACAUCCUGCAACGUCCUCACCCUCCCUCAUACAAAUGAAAAAGAUAUCAGUCGAGUUCUGCAUAAUCUCCGCGCGCGGUCUAGGACGCAGAUCGUCGCUGCUGAAGCCACAGUGGUUCUCAGUCGGAUGGGUUGAUCCCAACAGCAAGUACUGCACCAAGAUUGACGCGUCAGGAAACUCAAAUGCAAGCUGGGGCACCAAGUUCUCGGUCUCGGUGGAUGGCCAUGAUCUGGCCCAGCAGCAGAUGGAAUUGACAGUUGAGGUCUACAGGAGAGAGCCCAUCUUCCUAAGGGAGCAUCUCCAGGGAGCUGCAGUUGUCCAGAUGAAGGAGUAUCUUGACAAGUUUGCACAAAGUGAGGAGCAUUCAGAAGUCAUUGAGGAGACUGGCAGUUUCCAGCUUAGGAGAAAGAAGUCAGACAAAGCUCAUGGAUUUGUGGAUAUAUCCAUCCGGAUCUGCAAACAAGAAGAUGAUCAUGGUCGGUUUUCAGGAUUACCUGAAGGAUUGAAGAACUCCGAUCAGGUCGGCAUCACAUUGGCUAUAGAAGACGGACCAGUUUAUAAUUAUCCACCGCCACCCUACAACCAUUAUAGGGGCGACAGAGAAGAUGCUGAUCACCACAGUAAUUCCAGGCCGGUGAUCCCUGGAACUCGCCCAGAUCCAUCACCAUUAGAAAGUAGCUACAGCUACCAACCCCCAAUGUUUCCAUCAACCCUGCCACCACCACCAACUUCAAACCUCGGCUUCUUCCCACCACAGCAUCCCGGUAGGGAGAGAGUGCCACAGAACUACAUAAAUGUGCCACCAAGAAAAUCUGCAGCUCAGAAUAGUGCACCAAACUUUGGAAUGGGGCUUGGAGCUGGAGCACUGACUGCUGGAACUAUGAUAUUUGGCGAAACCCUCUUACCCGGUCCAAGUUUCGGUGGUGCUCUUAAUGGUGCAAGCCUAUCUGUAUCCAAUGAUGCACCAUUCUAAUUAAUAUCUGCGCAAUAAUACGUCAGUGCUAGCUUGUAACAAAAUAAGAACAGAUAUGAGCAUUCAAUUAUAUAAUGGGGUCGUGAUACUCAAAUCACUGCAAUCCCUCAUCCAACU